AUGCAGACACUAAACCAGUAUUAUCAUCACGGUCGCUUCAAAGUAGCAGGAGGAGUGCUCCCUGAUGCCGUAACUGCAUACCGGACAUACGGAGACCCAAGCAACGACAAAGUGAUUGUUUUCCCGACAUGUUUUGGGGUAAAACUUGCCCUUGGGAGUCAAGACUACCUCGUUGGGGAAGGCAAGGUCCUUGACCCAAAUAAAUACUUCGUGGUAACAUUCGCGCUUUUCUGUAAUGGAGAGUCGUCUUCUCCUUCUAACACACCUGCACCUUAUGGUGGCCCGUACUUCCCAUUCAUUUCCUACGAAGACAACAUUCGCGCUCAGCACGCAGUUUUGACAAAGCACCUUGGCGUGCGCAAGGUCUUCUGCGUGGUUGGAUUUUCUAUGGGCGGACAACAGGCAUAUCACUGGCCAGUCGUCUUCCCCGACUUUGUAGAUCGGUUUGUUCCUAUAUGCUCGUCUGCUCGCACAAGUCCACAUAACCAAUGCUUCUUGGAAGGGCCCAAGGCAGCGAUGUUAGCAAGCAAAGAUUUUGCCGACGGUCAUUAUCAGAGCACUCCUCAGCAUGGAAUCCGAGCAUUCGCUCGAGUCUACAGCGCAUGGGCCUAUGGGCAAACUUGGUUCCGGGAGCACAAGUACCUGAUGGACGGAGAGUUUCCAGACUUGAACUCGUUCAUCAGGGAGCGGUGGGAAAAUAGAUUUCUCAAUAACUGGGAUGCAAACGACAUGAUUGCACUUUUGAACACGUGGCAGAAAGGAGACAUUUCUAUCAUUCGUGAUGGCGGAGACUACGAAAAGGCCCUGAAGAGCAUCAAAGCAAAGGGACUUAUUAUACCUUCGAAGACGGAUCUUUACUUUACGCCGGAGGACAGUGAAAACGAAGUGUCUCACCUCAGAGAUGCCAAAUUGCAGGUGAUCCCAACGAUCUGGGGUCAUUUUGCAGGGGGUGGCGCUAACCCGCCCGAUAUCGCUUUCAUAACAGAGAAGAUCACGGAAUUUUUG